AUGAAAAUCCUCAUCGCAGUCUUGCUGAUCGCCUCCGUCGAGAGGCUUCAGGCGAGGGACUUUUCCUGGGAAUCCGCCAAGAACUCCGUGAGCGAGCUCACCGAGGAGCAGGAAUAUGCUGUCCUGCUUCAGCGAUUGGGAGAAUUGGAGGAACUGGAUUUCGCGCCUCGCAGCGGCGAUCAUUAUGGUUAUGAGGAACACAGCGAAUAUCCUCCUGAGCGUUGGGUUGAAAAGUGGCCAACCUGCGGUGGACUUAAGCAGAGUCCGAUCAACGUUGACCCAUCGUCCUGCAAAAGGGAUCUUGCGCUCUUCCCCAUCAAACUCAACAAUUACGACGUCAAUCCAGUGACUUCAACCGUGACCAACGUGGGACACGCAGUGCAGGUCUCUUUCACCUACGGCAAGAACGCUCCUUAUGUCACUCGUGGAAUCCUGAAUUUGAAGAGAUACAACUUCCAGCAGUUCCACUUCCACUUCGGGAAGACUGAUAGUGUGGGAUCAGAACAUACUCUCAGUUCCAAGCAUUAUCCUCUGGAACUCCAUUUGGUCCACUCCAAAUCUACUUAUGCCGACGUUAGCGAAGCUUCUCAGCACUCUGACGGUUUGCUCGUUCUUGGCUUCCUCUUCCAAGUCUCAGACGCCGACGAUGACGAGACUAACAACUCACUCAGUGGCUAUUUGACGGACUUUUUGUCCCAAAUUAAGAACUCCGGCGAGAGCGUGACUGUGGAUAAUGCAAAAUCACACCGUCUGCUUGACUUCAUCGGAUCCCUCAGCUUCAAAUAUGUCCGCUACGAAGGCAGCUUGACCACUCCGCCAUGUUCUGAGGCCGUUACGUGGUACGUGUCAUCCACAAUCUUGAAAGUCAGCCGUGCGACACUGGAGGGCUUCAGAGGUGUGAACGGAGAUGAGGGCCAAAUGGCUGGAAAUCACCGACCAACUCAGGACCUCAACGGACGCGAUUGUUACGUUCGCUAA